AUGGCGCAAGCCUCGCAACCUGUUGACAACGUCGGGAGACUUAUCAAUCUGAUUCCUGUCGCCCUAAAAGAAGCCGCGAUCGACUCGCCGACCGCCCGCGCCUCCGUUAUCCACUACGGAGAGCAAGUCGACCUGCUGGAGAAAUGGCUCGACGACUAUGCCAAAGCUGCCAACAGACUCGUUUCAGAAUCCUUGACUCUCGAGAAUGUCCUCAACAACUUUAUUGCCCACGCCGUCCUCCCCACCAACGUCUCCGAGUCCAUGCUGGAUCAUGACUACAGUGUUCUGGCAAUGAAGAAGUUUGCUGAUGGCGCCAAAGACUAUUGGAUGAGCAUGAUAGCAGUGGUCAAGAGAUUAUCUACUAUGGUCAUUGAUCCCAUAAGACAAUUCCUCCAGAACGAUCUGCGACCUUUCAAAGAUGCUCGUCGAGCGGUUGAGGCUACACAGAAAACUUUUGAACAUCUCCAGGGCAAAUAUGCUGGGCUGGGCAAAUCAAAAGAACCCUCUUCGCUGAGAGAGGAGGCUUUUCAGCUGCAUGAGGCCCGCAAACUCUACAUCAAAGCCAUUAUGGACUUCUCCAGCACGGCUCCGCAGUUUCGCUUUGCAUUGGAUAAGCUCCUGGUUAAGAUCUUCUUUGACCAAUGGCGUGAGAUGCGAGUCUCGCGCGACAACACGGCCGCGACCUUCCAACGGAGCGCCGAUGAGAUGCAGAGAAUCAAGAGUUGGCUGUCGGAGUUGGAGGCUAACGAAAAGGCCUUUCGCAAGGAGCUCAUGGCCGCGAAGAAACAGCUGGAGGAGGCCGCCGAACUCGAAACCCGGCCCUCACGAGAAUUGGAGGACUAUACCUUGUCGACCGUCCCUCAAUUCUCUGGUCACGGCCAUAGCGCCAGCACCUCGACCUUACAACGCUCACCGAAAAAGGCCGCUUCCAAAACCGGCGAGAAGCAAGGCUGGCUGUUCCUUCGGACCUACAGUGGGAAACCAACCCGGACUGUCUGGGUGAAGAGAUGGGCAUUCGUUCGCAACGGAGUCUUCGGCUGGCUGCUGCAAGGCACGAGAGCAGGAGGCGUGGAAGAAAGUGAGAGAAUUGGUGUUUUACUCUGCAAUGUCCGCCCCGCGCCAGCAGAAGAACGUCGCUUUUGUUUUGAACUCAAGACGAACAAAAAUACGAUCCUCCUCCAGGCAGAAACGCAGUCAGAGCUUGUGGAAUGGAUCGAUGCUUUUCACAUUGCUAAGUCCAGAGCUGUCAAUGAUGGAGAUGGGCUCCGCAGUUUCACUUCCGGUAGUGGGAACAUUCAAGCCGGUGCCGCCUUUGCAAUAAGUGCGCCACCAAUUCCCGAGUUUGGGACUUUCAUCCUUGGGUCGACAGAACCGGGUACUAUUGGAGAGGAUAUCACGGCCCUGGAAAAGACCAAUACCCUGCCAAUUCCAGGGACCGAACACGGGCGCGACAGUAGUGUGGACUUGCCUAGACGGUCGACAGCUUUGGACGAUGGCGGGCAUCGUGACACUGCUUCUCGCAUCAUUUCAAAACUCGAUUUGCAUAGGAAGAGUCCAGCCCCAACCCAGGUGUCUGCCAGCCCAUCGACGCCAAAUCUCGCUGGUGGCAUUGCAAGCUUGAUUGCCGCCACGCAUGGUUCCAUGCCUGUUGCUCCCAGUAUCCCGAUGCUCCAAAACGCCGAUGGCGAGUUCUCCAAACCACGGAGUGCAUUCACUUUGGCUCUUCGAGAUAUGCCUGCCAGCAGUCUUGCACCUUCGACCUUGGCCUCUGUACCGUCCCCAACCAAUCUGAGCAAGUCGGCAGUCAUCAUUACAGGGGAGCGUGGUUUGAGCCCUGCCCCAGAUAGGACUGGGCUACCCACUGGUCUUUUGGCCAACACCUGGGGGACUUCCUGCACGGCUGUCUUGAAUCGCCUUGAACGGACCGACCCGAAUGAGAAGACAGAAGUCAAACUUCUGGCGCAGCGAAGCCCCACGCUCCAGCCAUCUCUUUCACCUCCAAAAAUGUCAUCUACUCCAACCCGGUCAGCUGCUACCUUGCCAAAUAACAUUCCGCAGCUUGAUUUGAGUGUGCCUCAAACAGGUACUCGAAGCCGGACGCCGUCUCCAAGUAAGAAACAGCACAGGAGCACCAUAAGCGUCGAUCGUGACACCUUCAGGCAAAUAAAUAAUGAGCUUGUUGUGCCUGACUUUCCUAACUAUUAUCCUCUUCAGCUCAAGUCUCAGGACGCACAAUUCCGACUUCUGUUUCCAAAUAUUCGACGCGAUGACAAACUGGUCAUGGUUUUCAGAGCAACCUGGAACCUAAGCGAGCAACAAGAAUUUCCUGGCAGAGUGUACGUAACUCCCAGGGACAUCUACUUUUACAGCAACCAUCUGGGCUUGGUCCUUACAUCGAGUGUGCCGCUUGGAUCAAUUGAUGAGGCCACUGCCGCUCCCGGAAGAGACUGUGACUUUAUCUUCUUGCACCUCAAGGACACUGCAAGCGACACCACUAACCGACGAAUUACGAUCAAAACCUUUUUGGAACCUUUGAGACUACUGCAAAGGCGCCUGAAUUUUUUGAUAAGAAACAAUGCUUCCAGCGAACCCCUCGAAUUGGAGGGAGUGAUGAAGGCUCUGCUCAAGAUGGAGACCGAGGCUCCUGACAGGAGCCCCAGCCUGGAAAGCUGGGAGGAUGUGUCGCCAAAUACGCCCGUCGACACUGGUGGCCCUCGAUAUCGAGGCAGAGCAUCAACUAUCGGGACUGAACUACGGGGCCCGCUGCGGGUUGAUCGUACCCUUCAUCAGACGCAGCUGGGACGGCGAGAGUCGAAAUUCAAACUACCUGCUCAACCCGUCAAUUAUACGCCCCCGGGGAAUCUCCGUCUCGCGGCGGAGAAAGAAUUCGACAUCAGCGCCAAGGCGUUAUUUCAUGUUAUGUUCGGGGAUAAAAGCGCUUUGUGGCAACUGCUUCAACAUGAAAGACGCGCAAAGAAUGUGUCCAAAGGGCCGUGGUUGAGCGUCGGCGAAGGCCGGCUUCGAAGAGAAUUCACUUUCGACACUCCUGUCCAAACGCUUUUUGGACAAGAAUCCUAUGCCCAAGUUCAUGACUAUCAAACAAUUGAUGUUAAUAGUGAUCACUUAUGCUACGUUGUUACCGACAAGCGGACCCCGUGGCAUCUCCCCUACCAAAAUAACUAUCGUCUCGUCAGCAAGAUCGUCAUCACUCACGUUGCAAAGGCCAAAUGCAAGCUCGCAAUUUUCAUCAAGGUAGAGUGGCUGCGCGCUGCUUGGUUCUUGGGAGGAGUAGUUGAGCGACAGGCAUUAUAUGACCUCGAACUCGACUCUCAAGACCUUGCGGAUCUGGUGGCGGAUCAAGUCCGCAAGCUUGGCCUCCACAGCCGCACCAAGAAGGCGAUUCAGAUCUUUGGUCAAGUUGGCCAUGUGACAGAAACUACAGAACUUUUGUUGGACGCAUCGGCACUCAACAUCGAGUUGAGGAGACAGCCAGUUUCCAGAACAAUAACCGGACUACUGGCACAGAGCGCUGCCUCCACGGCGGAGAGUGCCUUGGGUACUCUCCUUCAGUCGCUCUUAAGCAUCCUGAGGUGGUUUGCUAAAACGUUGUCUGCUAAUAAGCUCAUAUUGGUGGCCCUUGUUUUCUCGGCUCUGUACAAUAGUUGGCAUACAUAUCGAGACUCGCUUGACUGGUGGCAUGAACGCAGAGCUGCGAACUUCAUGGCACGACUAGGCAUCUCGCCCAAUCCUGUCAUGAGCCGGGCAGUGUAUAUCAGUGACUUGGACGACAUUCUGAGUCGGGAAGCGAAUUUGCCGGCGCGUGAUUCCAGCGCCUGCUAUAGCGUCUUUUAUGAUGAAAAUGACCCGGAGUACUUUCAAUCCGGGCUGAGGCAGACUCCAGCCGCGAAAGUCCAGCAGACGCGUCAACGGCUGGGAACUCAGCGGCAUGAUCUCCUUGUCGCGGUGCGCGUCGUCAACAGCGUCGAGAGACAAAUUAUGCAAGCCGCUUGGGAACAGUGGGUGCUGGAUGAGCAUCGACGAUGUCAGGUCGUGGAGGGGCUGGUAUUGAAUGACCUGGAGCAAAACAACACGGACGUGAGCGGGGACCUCAAAGGCUGGUAUGACGAAUACUGCGCCAGUUGCAGUGAUGAAUAUAUGAAGAUGCGUGCUGCUUGA